CCCAUUUAAAAAAACAUCAACAAAGGUGAAAACAAAAUUCGUACUCUUAGAGCCUCUUAGUCCAUUUUUUUGCCGAAAAGCUAUAGAGAGUAUCUACGAAACUUUAGAGCAAAAGAUUUAAAACAAAAUAAAAACUCUAGUAAUUCUUUGUGAUGUGGAAGAUCGGACUUAGACGCAACCACAGAGCAUACUUAGAACGAGACUAGAGGGAAGUAAUGGAGGGAGAAAGAAGUAAAAACGGUGAAGCAUUUGAACCACAGCGGUGAAGCAUUCAUCGUUUUAGUCAAAAACAGUGAAUGGUUCACCGUUUUGGACAAAAGCAGUGAUAGUUUUCCCGCCUUUGUCAAAAACGGUGAACCCUUCACCGUUUUUGUUUGCAGCGGUGAUGAUAUUCACUGUCUUGGUCCGCAGCGGUGAACCCCAAACUGUUGUAUUUAGGAAAAUAUUUUCAUAAGUACUGUAUUUUGGGAAUUUUUUUUACUAACUAGUGUAUUCUGGGAUUUUUUCCGACCAUUUAAUGGGGUUUAUCUUCAUCUUCCCACGGCUUUCGGCGGGAUUUUUCCAAUAAUAGCACCUUAAUUUUUUUUUUACAAGAAUAGCAUCCAGCCGAAAAUAUUUACACUAAUAGCACCCUUUUAUAUGGACCGCACCCCCAAGGUGCGUUUUAUAUGUAAACCGCAGAUGGAGGGUGCGUUUUAUGUAUAAAACGCACCUUGGAGGUGCAUUUUGCGCCAUGUCAAACUGGGAACCGCACCUUCAAGGUGCGUUCUGUGUUUCCACGGGAGUGGCCUUGGAGACUGCAAGAUCCAGCUGCGAUCCAGCGGCGGACCGCUUGGCACCUCAGCGAUCCGCGCCAUGGAUUGCAGACCGCAGCGGCAGGGAGCGGUCAACCCUCGGGGAGCGUAAACCGCGCUGGGAAGGUGCGGUUUUGACUGGGGCAAAAUUACCAAACCGUUCCUGAAGGAGGCGGUCUGAUGGGUAUAAAUACCCCCUCCCCCCUCUCAUUUUUUCACACCACAACCAUUCUCCACCCUCUCUCUCUAGAAUUAGCUCUCUAACCCCUCCCCUCCCCUCCCCUCCCAAAAGCCUAGGAAAUAGUGGUCUGUUGGUAGCGGCUAAGUCCGAUCUGCCAUCAGAAAACAUUUCUUUAGUUUUUCCCUCAAAAUCCGUCCGCCGAAUUUCUGUCAGACGUCGAAUCUCUGUCCGACUUUCGCGAGAAAUGAACGAGUGGUUCCAAGAAGAGGGAGUUUAUUAUGAUGAAUUUCAAGCGGUACGUAAUCAUUAUUUUGGUCAAUUUUUGUUUUUGUUAUAAGCUUUUUAAUUAAUACAUGUACUAACCUUGUUGUUAUUCUCUCGUAGGUUGGGGACGACGUGAAUAUAUACAACCAACGGUACUAUUUGGAUCAAAGGCCUAUUGAUGCGAUCGACUUGUAUGACCAAUCCAACCAUCGUUCAAGGGAUGUUUGGAACGAUCACCCGGUACAUACAAUUCUUCAUCAUUUAUCUUUCUUUUUUUUUUGCUAAUGUACUUAGUGGAAUAUAAAAUAAAUUUGAAAUAAUUUAAUCGUAUUGGUUGUUUUCAAUAAUUUAAUCGAAUACAUAGCGGCACUUACUUCUACUCUUUAUAAAGAGAUGCACGUCUAAGGAAAUGGGGUUUUAAGCGAUUAUCAUGAUCCUCCAAUUUCUUGGGAAAAUCGGGUAUUAAGAGAUCUUCGGAUCCCCCCUUUUUUUGUCAAAAAGGCUGCGUUUCUAAGAAGAUGUAUACCUCUUCUAAGAGUCUAACGAGUGUUGCAUUGUAUUCGAUUAAAUUAUUUAAAACAAUCAGUACGAUUAAAUUACUUACAAAACAACCAAUACAAUUUAUUUUUAUGUGUACUUAAAUGAAUUUAUUAAUUUCAAAUGUUUGAAUAUGUAUGUAUCUCCUUAAAUUAUUAUUCAUUUAGAAUACUAUUUAUGCCAAUUAAUUUAGUAUGUUUGUGUUAUGACUAUAUGUAUAUAUCUUGGAAAAAACCAUAAAUUACUUAAAUUUUGAUUGUUAAUAAUAUAAUUAUAAUAGAAUUAUAUUCUAAAU